AUGGUCAUUGAGCAGAAGGUCUCCAGUAAGAUCCCUGGCGAGGCUGCGAUAGAAAAUGCCAACUAUGGCACAGUGUACGCUGUGGGGUUGGCCCGAGUGGUCGCCAAAGAGGGCAAGGGCAAGGACCGAGGGAAAACCAUCCGGCCAGAGGUCUUAUUCAAGGAUUUGUAUCAGCUGUUGCCGCCCAGGGGUACUGCAGCCGAUGCACUGCGCAUACUAACAGACGUCUCGGUCCCCCCACCCACCUCGAGCAUCCAGGCUAACGGCAAGAAAUAUCCGAUAGAAAUGGUACAGUGCGGGUGA